CGUCGUAGGUGUACAACUUCGCGGUCUGCCGCGGCGGCGCGCGUACUGUUCUUGGCACAGUUUCUGACCAUCUCCUAUUGCGAGCGGACCGCGCUGGACCUAAGCGUAAUUUCGUUGCGCCUCGCGGCACCCGACUUUCUUCCUCAUUCGCCCCGACGUACCUUUCUUCCGGUCUUCCUUUCGGAACUCGCGCGCUCGAUCCUCUCGAGAGAACAGCGAUCUUUCAAAAAAUGCAACUCACGUCGUGUUGCGGAUGUUACUCGCUAAAAGCGGGAACAUUGUUCACCGGAAUAUUGGGCAUCAUUCUAUCGAUCAUCUCGUUGAUUAUGAUCUUUACUCUGAACGUCGAAUGGAAGACGAUACUGAUCGACGUGCUGGACCAGAGCAUCGUUAAAAUCAUCUUCGCGAUAAACUUGUGCAUGACAAUUUUGAUCUCGAUGCUGCUCAUAGUUGGCGCUAUCAAGAAAAACACGUUUAUGAUGCUACCAUGGGUAAUUCUGGGCUUGAUGUUAGCAGUCGGUUUGUUAGUGAGUGUCCUAUACACAUCCAUAAUGUUCUUCGUGAAUCACGCGGCAAUAAAUGGAAUUCUGUGGCUCGUCAUUGGCCUUAUAGCUGUCGUAAUCUAUGCCUACUUGUGGUUGGUAGUGUACAGUUACUUCCAGUAUCUGAGAUACGAUAAAUUGAACAGCAGAAUGGGGCCGUACGGAAGGCCGUACAAUUAUCGGCGACCUUGAAGCGAAUCGGUGAUUUUACGAAAAAAAAAAAAAGAAAAAAGCAGCGAGAAGUCUCCUUUUCGCGAAAAAAUUGUACCGUUCUUUCUUUCAGACGAGAAAUUGAUUUCGAUCGCAAGAAAGAACGGUCUAAUUGCUUCGGAAGGAGUUACUUAAAGUUCAAUUAGCGUAAUCGCACCAAAGCACGAGACACCGCCUUUUUGUCGAUAGAGAAUUUAUCGAAAACCACGCAAUCGUGUUUAUAAACCAAAACUAAUCGUCGACAGUAGAUUAGGACAUAUUUAUGACACCGGGAUGUUCCCUCGAACGAUAAUAAUCUUCUGCGUUGGAAAUUGGAAGUUCUCAAGAUGAUUCGCUGUAUUUACGGGCUAUAUGCUUUACCUAUGUUGUUCGUCUCUUUAUUUUUCUUUCCUUUAAAUAAAAGCAAAAAAGCAAUGAAAAAAGAGAUUUGCUUAGGAAGUACUCCGAGAUUUUACUUUUUAUAAAAUAAAAUUAUUUUUAGGUAAAAUAUUAAAAUUCUCGGUGCAUCGUAUAUUUAUAAUGGCACGUGAAAGUAUUUUGAUACUUACCACAGAAAAUUAUAUCACGUGUAUUAUAUGAAAGUUUUUGAAGUUUCGUCGGAACUUCGGUGUUUUAAAAUCUAAUGAAAAUUCGCUUCAAUGAUCUAUAUAGCCCAUAAAAAAUCGACUAAUACGAUCGAACAUAUCGGAUAUUGAAGAGAAAAGCGGACGUCGUUCGAGGGUGCAAGCUCCCGGGUUUCGAGAGAAAUCGCGAGGGAGAGACGCGUUUUCUGCUAGGAAACCGACACUGCCGGCUUGCCAGAACGCGAUAUCAAAAAGGCGAGACUGAUGCCCGCCGUGGACGAGAAUAGAUUCCAUUUUCAAGGAUGAAGAAAAUGUUAAGCAUAUGCAAAAAUAUACGUGUUACCACACCGCGAGAACCAGUCUCUCCUACGCAAGGUUAACGACUGACUAUUUAUUUCCCCUGCUCCCACUUUUACUCUAUUCUACUCGUCUUUCUAUCGUAUGUAGAGAUUCUAUCAUUUGUAACUAUUGUUACGGACUAUGAGAAAUAAAUUAUUUUUUGUUUGUAA